ACAGGCUAAGUUUGUGUAGUUUGAAACACGCCUAGUCUGUCGAAAAAGAAAAAUGCGCAUAUUGCCAUCUCUUUUGUGUGCGAUCCUUUUGGAAUAGAUAUCCACGCGUAAAUAACUAUUUAUUCGUUGAACAAUAAACACUUGAUUCAAAAUAAGCAUUUUUAAUUUGAUUUUAUUCCGUUUUAGCGAAGCAAGGCCUCAGGUUGUUUAUCUGGUCUUUACUUUAGGACAGCGAGGAUAACCAGCCUGCCGCUCUCCUUCCACACUGAGCCCAAGCCUAUACUGACUGGGUCCUGAUUGUGACAAAGAAGUUCCCUGGGCACCGCAGGAGAGAUGGCAUCAGUGAAAGAAAGCAGUCAAACUCUCCGGCUGAAUAUCAUCACAAAAGAUAUAGAAGAGGAAGUGAAGAUUUGGGAAUGCGAUGAUUACGCAGAAGAGAGUCCAGAGAUGGCGUCAGUGAAGUUGGCAGACAGCAGUCAAACACUUGGGCUGAAUGUCACCUUUAAAGAAGAGAAGGAUGACUUUGGGGAAUCUGAUCAUGGAGAGACCCCUAACUCCUCUGACCAAGUUGAGACAUUUCCUGCUUCAGUCAAGCAUCGUUGGAAAGUGAGCAAAGUGAAGAGGUCUCACCACUGUCCUCACUGUGAGAAAAUUUUCCCUUUCCUUUCAUAUCUUGAAAGACACGUGCGAAAACAUUCUGGAGAGAAGCCUUACUCGUGCUCUGACUGUGGGAUGAGUUUCUCUCAACUGAGUGGCUUGAAUGUGCACCAGCGAACACACACCGGAGAGAAGCCUCACCACUGUCCUCACUGUGAGGAGAGUUUCCCAUUCCCAUCAUAUCUUGAAAGACAUCUGCGUAAACAUUCUGGAGAGAAGCCUUAUUCCUGCUCUGUCUGUGGGAUGAGUUUCUCUCAACGCAGUGGUUUGAAUGUGCACCAGCGAUCACACACUGGAGAGAAGCCUCACCACUGUCCUCACUGCGAGGAGAGUUUCCCAUUCCCAUCAUAUCUUGAAAGACAUCUGCGUAAACAUUCUGGAGAGAAGCCUUAUUCCUGCUCUGACUGUGGGAUGAGUUUCUCUCAACUGAGUGGCUUGAAUGUGCACCAGCGAACACACACUGGAGAGAAGCCUCACCACUGUCCUCAGUGUAAGGAGAGUUUCCCAUUCCCAUCAUAUCUUGAAAGACACAUGCGGAAACAUUCUGGAGAGAAGCCUUAUUCCUGCUCGGUCUGUGGGAUGAGUUUCUCGCAACUGAGUGGCUUGAAUGUGCACCAGCGAACACACACUGGAGAGAAGCCUCACCGCUGUCCUCACUGUGAGAAGAGUUUCCCAUUCCCAUCAUAUCUUGAAAUACACCUGCGUAAACAUUCUGGAGAGAAACCGUACUCCUGCUCUGACUGUGGGAAAUGCUUCACAACAUCAAGUCAUCUAACCUCUCAUCGGAUAACUCACACAGGGGAGAAGCCUUACUCCUGCUCUGACUGUGGGAAGAGUUUCCCAUUCCCAUCAUAUCUUGAAAGACACCUGCGGAAACAUUCUGGAGAGAAGCCUUACUGCUGCUCUGACUGCGGGAAAUGCUUCACCACAUCAAGCAAUCUAACACUUCAUCAGAGUGCACACAGGGGAGAAGCCUUACUAAUGAUCUGACGAGUGUGGAAGAAUCUCAUCUGGACAGCCUGAACCUUCACAAGUAAAACACACAGGAGAAAAACCUGACUCCUGCUCUAACCGUGGGGAAGGAUUUCACCUCACCAAGUCAUCUAACCGUUCAUAAGAGAGUGCACACAGGGGGAAAAACCUGACUCCUGCUCUAACCGUGGGGAAAGAUUUCACCUCACCAAGUCAUCUAACCGUUCAUAAGAGAGUGCACACAGGGGAAAAACCUGACUCCUGCUCUAACCGUGGGGAAGGAUUUCACCUCACCAAGUCAUCUAACCGUUCAUAAGAGAGUGCACACAGGGGAAAAAAAAGCCUUAUCAAUGUUCUGAAUGUGGGUAUCUUCAAACACCACCAGCGAAUAAGUACAGGAGAGAAGUCGUACUCUUGUCCUGACUGUGAGAAGUGCUUCACCUCAUUGAACACUUGACUGAUUCAUCAUAGCACUAUAUCUGCUACGUCUGAUCAAUUACACUGUAAAAUUACAUUGUGCUGCCCUUUUUAUAGACCUGUGGAAGUCUUUCGAUUGUGUUGACCAAGUUUCCUUUAGUACUAAAGGUGCCCCUGCCCCCCCAGGGUCGAUUUUGGGCCCUGUACUUUUUACUAUCUAUAUAAACACUAUUGGUUUGUAAGAAAUUGUAACCUCCACUUGUAUGUGGACGAUACUGUAGUGUAUUCUGUUCACAAGGAUCGUCCAGAACUACAAUCUGCCUUAUGUUUUGCAGAAAGCCUUUGUUGAACUGAAGUUGGUACUUAAUGCAGGUAACCAGGUGUAUGUUAUUUUCAAAAACACUUAAAUGUAUUUGAUGUUUUAUCCAUAUAUAUAUAUAUUCAUUGGAUGGUGACAACAUUGAUAGUGUCCCUGUUUAUUAUAAUAAUACAUGGGACUUAUUUAUGUCGCUUUUACCAUUGUGGAAACUAAACAGAAAACAAGACCAUGAAACCAAGGGGGAGGGGCUUAAAGGGAAACGAGUGUGAUGUCAGUGUGGGGGAGGAGUUCGGCUGCAGAGUUCUGAACCAUUUGGAGCUUAUGGAGGGAGCUUGCGUUGAUGCCUGGAGAUUAGUGAGUUGCAGUGGUCGGGACGGGAGAUGAUAAAUGCUUGGAUCUGGGUUUCAGCGACAGAUGUAGUGGUGGAAAGAGGGUGUAGUCCAGGAUAACACCUUGGUUGAGGCAGAGACAAUGGUAUCAUCAAUGGUUAGGAGAUCGUUAACAUUUGUGUAAAAUGACAUAAGUAUUGAUACAUAUUUGAAUUCAAUCUAUUAAAGAUAUAUGGAACUGUUUGGUCAA